CGUAGUCAACAUUACACAUACCAGAAGUACGUACACACAAACCCUCACACUAGAAGACCGAUCCAUGGCGCCAUCCCCGGCCGCCGCCGUGAAGACGACGAGAGCGACGUGCGUGCUGUUGAUCCUGCUCCUGUUGGCCGACGGGCGGUCGAGGCCCGUGGCUGGGCAGGCGCCACCGGCGCCCGAGGAGGCCGUGGCAAUCGAGGCGGAUGCCGACGGCCGUGGAAACGGCACCCGCGGCGGCGGCAGGAGCGCCGGGACGCCGAAGGAGUUGAGCGCCAUCGACUGCCAGGUCUGCGAGUCGACGUGUCGGGUCAAGUGCCUCGUCAACAACCUCUUGCAGUGGGGCAGCUGCUACCAGCACUGCAAGGCCGACAACUGCAACGAGUGGUGUAGGUAG